UUUUUCCCCUUCUUCCGUCUACACAGCACCAAGCUUCCAGCCGGGGAAUUCAUUGUCUAGUUACCCACCUAGCGGAGGCAUUUAUAGAAAAUCACUAACGCUUACACCAGUGGGGGGUCCCUCUUCGUCGGGCCAAGAUGAGUAGCAACCCCGACGUCGAGAAGCUGCCCGCGAAGCAGCCGGUGGUGGACAACCAUCACCAUGUGUCGCCGGCCUCGCUCGACCACUCGAACGAGGAGGUCGGGAUCGUCAACAAGUCGGCGCCUCUGGUCCGCGAACUGCGCAACCGACACAUGCAGAUGAUCGCCAUUGGCGGAGCUAUCGGCGCCGGUCUUUUUGUCGGCUCCGGCAACGCUCUCCAUACCGGAGGGCCCGCGUCGCUCGUUAUAUGCUACACCAUCAUCGGAAUCAUGCUUCUGUUCACGACGCAGGCUUUGGCCGAGAUGGCCGUGCUUUUCCCCAUUAACGGCGCCUUCUACACCUACGUGGUCCGUUUCGUUGAUCCGUCCUGGGGCUUUGCCAUGGGGUGGGACUAUGCCAUCAGCUGGCUCACCGUGCUCCCGUUCGAGCUCAUUGCUGCGGCCAUCACCAUUAAGUACUGGCGCGAGGACCUCAACCCGUCGGUUUGGAUCGCGCCUUUCCUCGUGGUCCUCAUCAUAAUCCAGAUAUUUGGCGUCCGGGGCUAUGGCGAGGUUGAGUUCGUGCUCAGCGUCAUCAAGAUCAUGGCCUGCAUCGGCUUCAUCAUCGUGGGCAUCGUCAUCAACACGGGCGGCACCGGCAGCCAGGGGUAUCUUGGUGCGCAGUACUGGCGAGACCCGGGGGCGUUCCAGAACGGCUUCAACGGCUUCGCUGGUGUUUUUGUCAUCGCGGCCUUUGCGUUUGGCGGCACCGAGCUCGUCGGCCUGGCGGCGGCCGAGUCCAGCGACCCGCGGCGCUCGAUCCCGCUGGCGACCAAGCAGGUGUUUUGGCGCAUCUUCUUCUUCUACGUCGUGAACCUCUUCAUCGUCGGGCUCAUCGUUCGGUCCGACGACAAGCGGCUGCUCGGGUCGUCCAGCGCCGACACCAAGGCGUCCCCGUUCGUGCUGGCGCUCGAGGAUGCGGGGAUCCAGGUGCUACCGCACAUCAUGAACGGCGUCAUCACUCUAGCCGUUAUUUCUGUCGCGAACUCGUGUACUUUCGGUUCGACGCGCACCAUGCAGGCGCUCGCGGAGCGCGGUAUGGCGCCCAAGAUGCUUGCCUACGUCGACAAGCGCGGCCGGCCGCUCGUGUGCAUCAUCAUCCAGCUCGCCUUUGGGCUACUGGCCUUCAUCGGCGAGUCGGCCGACUCGGGCAAGGUCUUCUCGUGGCUGCUGGCGCUGAGCGCGCUGUCCUUCUUCUUCGUCUGGGGCUCCAUCUGCCUGGCGCAUAUACGCUUCCGCGCGGCCUGGAAGCUGCAGGGAUACUCUCUAGACCUUAUCCCUUACAAGCCCACGCUGGGUGUUUAUGGCAGUUGGAUCGGGCUCAUCCUCAACAUCCUCUGCCUCAUUGCCACCUUUUACAGCGCCCUUUAUCCCUCUCCUAAUGCCACGCCCGAAGUCGAGUACUUCUUCCAGCAGUACCUCGCAGCAUUUGUCGUGAUCCCGCUAUACCUGGGAUGGAAGAUUUACUCGAGGGACUGGAGGCUGUAUGUGCCGCUGAGGGACAUCGAUCUCAGGACGGGGGUGCGGAUGCUUGACCUUGAUGCCGAGCCCGAAGAGAAGAAGAGCUGGUUGAUGCGUGUGGCUAGGGGUUUGUUUUAAUCCCUACCACGGAGCUAACUAAGCCAAGUGGAAGCGAUAUGAAAGUCGGAAUGUGUAGGUAACUAGUGCACCUAGCUUUUAGAUACCAACUGUUUCCAUUGUUAUAUUAUGUACCUGUUUGUUAUUUCUCGUUUAUUUAGAUGCGAUUCCAUCGUGCUACAAGUCACGAUUCCCAUCUGAUCCAUC